GCACAGAACAAUGGUCAGGCAUGCUUCGGCGCACUCUAACUUCCUAUACUCAAACGCGAAUCCAGACUCAGCUUUUAACCCUGACUCUUCUGACUCCAGCUCUGACUCUGACUCUAAUGCGGAGGCACAAACUAUCCAGCAUGUUGUCAAUGGCGAAACUCUAUCCUUUCAAGUGCCUGUCCGGACCGACUCGGCCUCAAAAGGGCCUGUUGUCAUGCUAGAGCCCAUCAUCGAUAUCUUUCCAGAAACCAUUGCCUUACGAAGACCAGACGGGAGCUCAAUCCCUUUCCUUGUCUCUUCAGAAGAUGUCUUGUUGGUACCCAUGCGAGUAGCCUAUUGUCCUGGUGAAACUCUGCAUGUAGUGCCUGGCUCAACUCCCUCACCUGUCGCAUUGUCCGAAUUAGAGAGAUCUUCCCUGUCAAUCCAGAGCCGGUUGGAAUCUUCUUCAACUUCAACACUAGCAUCAAAUCAGGAGUCGCUAGAUAUCUUUGCUGGUACCUGCACUCGCAGAACUCAAGCUCAAUAUAUGGCAAGGGGGCAUGAUGGCUUGUCCUUUGAAAGAUAUGCAGCAGAACUAAUGAGAAACGGCGUGCAUCAUCCUUCGUCAUACAAUCCGAUAUCAUUACCAGAAAACCCUGACCACUCUAACGAUGAAGAGGAUUUGUUUAGGUUUCUCGAAAUGCGAGCCAUUUUAGAAAACAGCAACAGCGACAGUGAUGCUGAUGGUGACGAUAACAGUGCUGGGAACGAAGAUAUUUUCAACCAUCUCAACGACAUUAGAAACAAUGAUUUCAACAGUAAUCUAGAGACUGUGGAAAAUUAUCCAUCAGCUGAAUUAACUGCUUUAGGAGCAGCUUUGGUAUCACAAUCCUUACCCUUAUCAGAACAGGCAGUCCCUCGAUUAUUUAUCAUUCUUCCAGACCUCAAACCACGGAGCAACUGGGGAGGAGUAGGGGAACCGCGGUCGUCGCAAACAUUUCGACUCUAUUUUCUAUGUGACUGUGGGCCAGGGGCGACGUUCCCUGCGGAUCGAGAUUCAAUCUCUGUCGGCACUGACGAAAACACCUCAACCAGUCAUCCAUUUGAUAGGAAUGAUGGUUGCAGCGAUACUGAUACAGCAGAUCACAUUGAUUUACGAAACUGUAUUCAUAUCGCGAAUCAAUCUGGUUAUCAGGUCUUGGACCUCAAGCAGUUCACAGAACAGUUUGGCCUAUAUACACUCUUAAUCCUUCGACUUUUUCAACAAGGGCUCAAUACUACUGCUGCUAAGAGAGGCCGUAUUCCGCAGUCAAAGAUCGCUAUUCCACCCCUCUCUCAAAGACAUUACACAGACGUACUUGCACCCUUCACCUGGGAGAUUGAGGAACGGGUUUCAACAGCCAUCAAGGCUCUUGAGGAGAUGAUGGUUUCUUUCCUUUCUAUGGAGGGUAAUAUUCUCUCUGCUCUAUUAUCUUUGAAUAUCGAAGAAGGGGUCCCUUUGGUUGAUAUACAUCGGCUGUGGGAAUGCGUUGAAGGACUCCGGAUUGGAGGGAGCUACCAUGUAGAAGGUAUGCGUCGCGCAUUUGUCCACGAUGGUACGAUUCGUUGGAUUUGCUCCAACCACUUUCAGAGCACAUUUAAUUACAUGCACGAAGACCGUGAUAUCCUUCUUUGGCGAUGUAAAGAAAUUCUGGGGGAUGAUCAAGGCGACAAUAUCAGCAAACAACUAAGCAAUAACCAAGGCCCAAAUGACGAUCCAUAUGAUGACAAUGACGACGACUUUCGGCAUACGGCUGGUACCGAAAAGGCAGUCGUAUUCGAUGAUCAGACACAGCACCUAAGACUCUCUGGGCUCACAUCGGUGAAACAAGUCAAUGAACUCGAAAAUGUUCUUGAGAACGGUUACAUGAUUCAACAGGUGACCUUGGUAUCGACUUUUGCAAGUGACAACUUAGUUAUGGCUUUGAUUGACAUGAUCUCGACAUCUAAAAUUAGCCUCUGGGCCCUCACUCUUGCUCCAGACUUACAGCUACAACAAGGGGUUGACAACAACGACUCCACCGUGGAAUACAUCAGGGCAAAAGCACUUAAGCGAAGGUCCAUUAUUCUCCCACGCUAUUCGCAGAACGCCGAUCACGAUCCUCUUCACUUUAAUGGCACUACAGAAGCAGGGGCAAUACAUUUACCGAGCAAUGGUAGCAAUAGUAGUUGCAACGGCAGGAAUAGGGAUAGUGUCCCGCAAUUUGGCAGCACAUCAUCACAACGACAGCUUCAGGGAGGGCUUCAACCUAUUUGUAACGCAUUUGUUCUGCAACAGAUUCAAACUCUCCAAAUACCAGAUCUUGAUCGUGGACUCUUCACAGGGUUGGACCCUAGUCCAGGCGAUUUUCCACAUCUUCGUAUACUAGAGUUGUGGGGAUCUGAUGCCUCGGGUCUACAGCGUGUUAAUAGCCAUAACAUAGGCGGUGGUGAAGGCAAUAGCGCUAUGUGCACAGUAUCUUCAAUCAACAAGCCCUGGAACACACAGGGAUUAGGUUCGCUCAUAAGAGCGUUCUCCAACUUGAAAGAGCUACAUAUCACCGGUAUCGACCUUGGAAUCAAUAUGAUUAUAAGCACUGUAGAUGAUGCCAAUAUUAGCGCCGCUCUCUUGACAAGAUUAACAAGGCAUCCUGCACAACUCCUCGAGAUUGCUCAAUCAUUACUUUACUUGCCAAGGUUAUCUGUCUUGGAGUUAUCUUCUUGUGGAUUACGACGGGAGCAUUGUUCGACUUUGGCUGCAUCUCUAAAUCUGCUGGAAAAUCGAAUUACACAUCUAGAUAUCCACAACAAUCCUAAUCUGGAUGAUGAAGGACUGGCAGAAUUGAUCUGGGCGAUAGGUCGAAAGUUGUAUCUGUUGGAUGCUCGGCACACAGGGUUUGGUAACACGAGCGCGUUUGCAUUGGCAAGCAUGUUGCAAGCUCAUCAGACAGAAAUCCAGCAGAAUAACGAGACCCACGGAUGGAGUAGUAGUAUGGCUAUCUACAAAGUCCUCCGGCUGGAAGAAACACAGCGCGUCCCCAACCACACUAAGGACCCUGCCCUUGACAACACAGCAUCGUCAUCACCUCCCAAACAAGACUUGGAUGCGACUGGCCGACACAAUUUGGUACAGGCGCUCGAAUUACUUGAGUCUAAAGAGUUGUGCCUUCGGUUCGAUCUUGGAUUUGUGGACGAGGAUUUUGCCUCUGCGUUGACAGGUAUGAAGAAUUUGGAGUGCUUGGAACGAUUACAGUUGGCAGGAUCGAAUUUUGGGCCUUUAGCUUUAGAAGCUAUGUUGAGGACCUUUAGGGCCACAUCCUGCCGACUACAAGAACUGGAGCUUCAUGAUACUUUGUUAUCAGAAGAACAGCAACGAGAUGCUCGUGAUGAACUUUUAAACUUUUGAUAUAAACAUUAAAUGUUGACUAAUAAAUAAACAAG